GUAAAUAUUAAAUAGUAAUAUAUUUUAAUAUUUUAUAAUAUUUUUAUAGUUUUAUUUUUUUUGUUAUUAUUAAUAUUUGUUGUAUAUUAUUUACAGUUUAUGUUAAAAAAAUUAAAUUGUUAGUGAUUGGUUUGUUAAGAGCAUUCGUUUUGGUUUAUUUAUUUUUCUUCUACAUUUAUAUUGUUCAUUGAAAUUCAAUUUUCAAUCCAUUCAUAGCACAAAAUUACAUUUUUAUUACAUACGAUAUUAUAUUUUUAAAAAUGGUCGUAAAUAAUAGACAUAAAAAGAAUGUGUUGAAUAAUUUUAGAACAAAUGAGGCUGAAUCAGAAGACGUAAGCUUGGAGAAUCUGAGUAUAAAUGAAAUACAAACAAAUAUUAUAAAACAUUCUUGGCAGUAUACUGUUCAAUUGAAUCCAAUUACGUUCUAUGACAAUAAUUCAGAAAUACAACCAAACAAUGAACACCAAGUCUGGAAAGAAACUCAUUACUUAUCGUUGUAUAAAAAUGUAUUAUCUAUAUUAAACAAACUUACAUGGACAACAUUUGAUCAGCUAGUAGAUGAAUUUCAAAAAUUGCCAAUUGAAAACGUAGAAUGUCUUGAAAAUAUUGCUAAUAUUGUCGCUCUAAAAGCUUUUGACGAACCUUCAUUUGGAUCUUUAUAUGCCUCUUUAUGCAGAGUACUUGACAUAACUAUAAGUUGUCGAAGUGGAAAUCAUUUAACAUACCGGAUGUCAUUUAAAAAAUGCGUAAUCACAGUUUGUCAGAAUUAUUUUCAAAAGCAAUGUUUAGAUAACACUGACAUAGUUAUGUCUGUAGAACAUGAACAAACUCAAAGAAGACUUAAAAUGCAAACAAUUGGUUGUGUCAGAUUUAUUGGUGAAAUUUUUAAACAGUCAAUAUUAUCUCCAUACGUUGUUCACUACUGUUUAAAAACGUUGCAAUCUAAAACUAAAGAAAGGUCUAUUGAAUACCUCUGCAAUCUUUUAAAAGUAGCUGGCAAAGAGUUAAAUGAAAAAAUAAGCUUGGAAGAUAUAUUUGAACAUUUAAUAUAUUUGGUAUCUGACGAAAUGAGAUCUAAAAUAUCACCUAGGAUACGAUUCAUGGUUAAGGAUGUAAUUGAAGUGGUAAUGCCUUCAAGAGUAUUUUAAAUCAAACUAUUGAUCCUAAUACACAAUAUUAGAUUAUAAUUUACAUCAUAAACUUUUAAAAAAAGUAAAAAUUAUAUGAAUUAAAAAAUUGUAUUUUAGAUUGAUUUCAAAACUAUUAAUAUAUUUUAUGUUUAUAGUUCUAUGAUUUAUGAAUCAUAUUUAGUUUUGGCACUUACAACUCUUGUUAAGUUCACCUUUUUGAAGUUGACCAUUGUGCUAUAUUUUGAUGUUUGAUUGUUAGUAUCAGCGUUUACAAAGAUAAUAACUCGAAAUGGACAUUUUUGAUUAGUGUAAUAACUAUUUAAAUUAAUCUGUGAUACAUAUUAUUAUAUUAAUACAAAACUAUAAUGAAGAAAAACGUGAAACCAUUUUUUUGGUAAUGCCUGUUGCUCUUAUUAUAUCUUAAAUUUAUAUUUUUAUAUUAUAUUUAAUUACUUACAAUAAAUUAGUAGAAAAAUA